AUGCUAUCUAGAGAGUUUCUAGUGGUGUUGAACAAUGCAAGUUUUUAUUUAAAAGAGCUCUGCACUGCCAUUUAUGAAAGCCUCUUUAUGAUGUUUGUUUUGUUGUCAUUUUUGUUCUUUACACCAAGAAAUGUAUGUACAAAAAUGCAGAGAACAUAUAUUGCCUCUGCUUUUAUCAGGGCGCUCACCCCUGGUACUUCGUAUAUAAAAUGUAUUAAAACUGGGAUUUGUUACCAGUUGCUGUAUUUUGUAUAUAGAAUUUUUAUAAAUUGUAUGCUUCAGAAUAAUUUAUUUUUUAAAAAGAAAUUAAAAAAUUUAAAUCCACAUCCGUGGUACACCUUUCUUGCCUGA